GCAGUGGCCAUGUGGCUGAGAGCUGUGCCGCAGGGCAAGGGCCUGUUGGUGCUUCAGGAUGGCCUUGACUAUAUGACACGUGACGGUCCAAGGCGUUUGCUUGCAAGGUUGUUGUGCAGACACAAAGGUCUACAUUUGCUUGUGACACUGUCACGGAAAGGAAGCCAGGCACAAGGCUUGGAUGAGAAGCCUCUGAGUCCGCACGUCACUGAAUUGGGGCGGGUUGUGCCUUUGCCAUCGCUUUCUCAUCACGAAGCUGCACAGGUGUUCGUAUCACUUCUCUAUCGUCGUGGGCAAGAUCGGCUACUGAAUGGCCUUACCCGGGACAAGGCGGUCGAGCUCUUGCAAGAUGAGAAGUUGCUGCGAAAUUGCAAGGGACAACUUGGUGAGGUUCUGAGCGCAGUGGAUGAAGCGAUUUCAGCCCAGACACUACUCUUUGACAGGACUCCUAAUGGAUCCUGA